AUGUCUGGUUUGGACUCAUUCAUCACGUCUUCCGCGCCGCCGCCAGAAUGCAUUGCUACCUCUACCGAAAUCGAAGACCGAGAGUCCAUAUUUGUUGGCCAUAUAUACCGCGCUGCAACUGCAGUACAGGCUCGAGCUGCUCAGGCCCAUCUGAAGCGUAGCCACGCGAAGAAGCCGGCUAGUCAUGAGAUAUACGCGUAUAGGUGUAUGGCGUUGAAGAAAGGACGGGAUGGGUUGGGCGAGGAUGACUUUAGGGUCGAGGAGGGAAUCGAGGAUGAUGGGGAGUCAUGGGCUGGUUCCAAGAUCUUGAAGGUCAUGAAGGAUACAGGAGUCAUAGAUGCAGUGGUCAUUGUGAGCCGGUGGUACGGAGGAGUGAUGCUGGGCCCGGCCAGGUUUACACAUAUUGAAGAUUGCACCCGGGAAGUCUGUCGCGCUUUCGCAGUAAAGGAUGAGCUGGACGAUUGUAUCGCUACUCUGAUAGCUCUCGACGAAACGCUACUCCGUCUACGUAAUAAACUUGAAUCCGUUCGCGCAUCCAAAGCUGCCGAGCCCACGCCCGCGCGCGACGCAAGCUCUUCAGCUUCAGCUGCGAUCGCUUCAGCUUCAACCCCGUCUGCACCAGAUAGUGCCAAUCCAGCACCCACUCCCAGCGCAGCUGAUGCCGAACCUGAACCUCUCGCUAAGAAGAGGAAGCUUGAACCUGCGCAGGAUUACGCCGACUUGCGACGGGGUGCGGACGUAAAGAAAGCCAAACGGCUGAUCACUGCACGCGAAAACUCGAUCAAAGCUGUACAGAAGUUACUGGACAAGGAGCUGGCUGGAAAGUCUCCUCUCAAUGCAGGGAACGCGCCGUCAGCCCAGUGA